UAUCAUGUCUGAAGUACAGGGAACACUGGAGUUUUCUGUAGAGCUGCACAAGUUUCACAAUGUGGAUCUCUUUCAAAGAGGGUUCUAUCAGGUCCGAGCAGGGUUAAAGGUUUCACCUCGAGUGCCCCACAGGGUGAUAGCGACAACACAAGACAAUGCAGGAGAAUGCAGCUUUAGCACGGCGGGGGCUUAUGACGGCGCAGUGUUUAGCCGGAUACUUCAGAUCCUUUACAGAAAUGAGGAGAUCGCUGUGAAUGACUGUAUGAUCUUCAAAGUCCACCUGCUAUUGGACGGUGAAAGGGUGGAAGAAGCCUUGAGUGAGGUGGACUUUCAGCUGAAGCUGGAUCUUCAUUUUACCGACAAUGAGCAACAGCUUGCAGAGAUAGCGACUGUCCCGCUGAUCAGCAGUCGGACCCUCAGCCUCCACUUCCACCCGAGGAGGGGCCUCCACCACCACGUCCCAGUCAUGUUCGACUACUUCCACCUGUCUGUCAUCUCUGUCUCCAUACAUGCUUCACUGGUUGCCUUACACCAGCCGCUUAUCAGCUUUGCACGUACAGGGAAGGGCUCUUGGCUGGGGAAAGGCUCACCAGAGAGUUCCAGCGACCCAUCUGCCAUGACUGUAGAGAACCUUGUGUUCGGAGCUGGCUACUGUAAGCCUGUCAUCUCUGAGGGAAGCUUUUAUGUGCCCAGUGAGAACUGUCUGCAGAGAGCUCACACGUGGCACAGAAGACUCUGUCGCCUCCUGCUGGUGGCCCACAGAGGCCUGCACACGUACUACACUGCGCUGAUGAAGGAAAUCCCACAGCUCCAGCAGACAACACUAAAUUCAGACUUGCUGAAUGUAGAAGAAACUCUAAAUACCCUGACCAUACAGUUACAGCUGCAGGACGGCCAUGAAAAAGUAGGAGAGCAGAUCAGCAGGGACGUGAGCCAGCUCUGCUCCCAGCUCGCUGCUCUGUGGAGCUGCUUCCUGCAGACCGCUGUGCUCAACCCCCACAUCCUCUCCUACCUGGCCCAGGAGCACCACACACUCAGGGUCAGGCGGUUCUCAGAGGCCUACUUUUUCACAGAGCACCCCAAAGAGAUAUCUCUGACUUUUCAAGAGGAACUAAUCAACAGACAUGGCCAGAUAGCUACAGAAGUACGGGGCUCAGACUACCUGACUAAGAUGCCUCCUUUACCUGUUGAGUGCCUGGACAUCGAUGGAGACUGGAAUAGCCUGCCCAUUAUCUUUGAGGACAGAUAUGUCGAGUCCCCUCAAACAGAGAUUGUAUCACAUGUGCCAACUACUGAUGGGCAGACCAAAAUAGAUCGUGCCAUCACUUCUGCUGAUGUGAUUUUUGAAAGCCGCCAGGGAGCCAAAUCACCAGCAAUACCUGAGGAUCCCUUGGACGGUGACGACUGCAUGGACCUGCCCACAUAUGUUUCACUCAUAGCAAAGCAAAGUAAGAUGAGCACCCACACCAGUAACCAGCACUCUGUUCCUGCAGUGGACCGUGCUAAGCACUCUCUAACCGAGGCAGAAAACUGGAAGCAACCAGAUGAAAAACAAGGCCAUCUUAAAAAGAGCUGUAAUCCAGGCCUGAGGUACAUGGACGUUAAGCCUUCUGAUGUGGAUCUUUAUAGAGGGGAAGGUCUGGUUUGCUCCUCAGAACAUAAUCCUCUCAUUGACUCUGAUAACAUCAGUGUUGAGUCUCUUCCUCAUCAUACCACGAAUGACAGCAAUGACAGAGAGAGUGAAAACAAUGAAGAGGAGUCUGAUAUUGCAAUGCCAUUAAAUCACUCCAUGGAUGAUGAGAAUGAGGAUGUUCCUCUCAUCAGCUUACCCAUUGCCUAUGCACAGUCAGUUGUAUCUCCCUUUUCCGGGGAUCUUAGAAAAGAGAUGUCUCACCGUGGGGGUCUGGUCAGCUCCAAGAUCAUGAAACGCUCGUCGUCAGUUAUAUCCGACUCAGGUAUUGAGAGUGAGCCCAGCUCAGUGGCUUGGCCUCUGGAGGUCGCGCUGCGAGGCCGACCUCCUCUAGACUUCUCCAGUGCGGAGAUCCCAAAGCAAAUAGUGUGCCGCCACCCGGUCCAUCGCAGCUCUCUGGAAGGCCUGCGGUUGGAGAGCAAUGGCAGCAUUCCAAGUGGAGGUAUACAAGCCUCUCUCACUUCUAUUAGCUCUCUGCCCUAUGAAGAAGAUCAGACCCAGAGGCAGCUCAGCAAACUCACCAAGUCAGUCUCUGCCCCGCAGAUAAGUAGCCCUGAAGACACUGAGGAGGACCAUGUACUGCUCAACCAGGAAACAGAUAGCUUAGUAGAACACCAGGAUUCAUUAAGGAUUACCAGCUCGUCUUUGAAUGGAAACCUGGACCUGGAACAAUCUAAAUUACCCAUUUUACACCCAAGUUCAAUGGCAAACGUUGACCAUAUUAGCUCUGAAAUAUCAAACUCUGACUACCUGUCAGACACAAGCGGAACCAAGUCAUUCCUAAGUGGUUUGUCUGAAGUCUUGCUUUUACAAGAGUCUGUGGAAAGCCCACACGUGAAGGAAAGCACUAUUAUUGGCAACCAGGGGGAGAAAAUGAACCACAGAACAGACAUCAGUGCAGUAGGCGCCUCAGUGGAGGAUGUGUAUCUUGUCAAAACUGAAGCAGUACCCUGCAGCUGUGGAAACACACCAUGUGUGCAUAAAAGUUUAGCAGAUCAAGAGAAAAUUAACACUGGAGAUGAGUGCCAAAGUUUCCAUCAGACCACUUUGCUUAGUGUUAAGGAACAGGUGUGUCUUGAUCCCUCACUAGAGCCUUUAGGGCUUCAACAUUCCCCAACAGACUUGCCCAACAGUAACACCACCACGCAAAGGCCGAGUGACCUCACAGGGCUGAAAACCAAUGAUAUGACAUCAUCUGUUGAUCUCAGUCGGACACCAGUAAGUGAAAAAGAACCUUUGGACUGCCAGACGAAGCCGUCUAAGAUCCCUAACUCAGGGCUGGCCUUUGUGAAUAAAAAGAUGGUAGAGGUGGUGAAUAUGUCAGUGUCCUGUGCUCCGACAUGCCUGCCAUUUUCUUCAGUUCUAAGAGACUCUCCAUCCAUUGGUGGAAUGUCCACUCGCCAGGCUACCUCACCUAUUACCCAUCAGCCACUGGGCUCCUUUGGUAUCAUCUCAUCGUCUUCGCUCAAUGUCCUGAAUAUGGAUGAUGAGACCAAUGAAAGGAUGCUGAAUUUCUACAAAGCCAAAGAGGAGCUGUUCAAAGAGCUGAACUUUCAGGCCGGCUUGUACAGCGACCUUCCUCUUCUGGCAUCGGAUCUGCCCUACUUUCCCCCCGAGGAGGACGAUGAGGAGUUUGAUGACGGCAUACACCUUGUGGUUUGUGUCCACGGGCUUGAUGGGAACAGCGCAGACCUUCGUCUGGUGAAGACUUUUAUUGAGUUAGGACUACCAGGAUCCCGACUGGACUUUCUCAUGUCAGAGAGGAACCAGAUUGACACGUUUGCAGAUUUUGACACCAUGACGGACAGGUUGUUGGAUGAGAUCAUUCAGCAUAUCCAGCUGUACAAUCUCACCGUUGGCAGGAUAAGCUUCAUCGGCCACUCUCUGGGGAACAUCAUCAUCCGCUCUGUGCUGACGAGGCCUCGCUUCCGAUGCUACUUGUCCAAACUGCACACUUUCCUCUCGCUGUCAGGCCCACACUUGGGAACGCUGUACAACAACAGCACCCUGGUCAGCACAGGUCUGUGGUUAAUGCAGAAGCUGAAGAAAUCCGGAUCCUUGCUGCAGCUCACCUUCAGAGACCACGUUGAUCCACGGAAAACAUUCCUGUAUCUCCUGAGCCAGAAACCAGGGCUCCAGUUCUUCAAGAAUGUCGUGUUAGUGGCGUCUCCACAGGACCGUUAUGUUCCUUUCCAUUCUGCCAGAAUAGAGAUGUGCAAGACGGCUAUUAAAGACAGGACCACAGGCCCCGUCUACACCGAGAUGAUCAAGAACCUUCUGCAGCCGCUCGUAGAAGCUAAAGAGUGCCGACUGAUCCGUCAGAAUGUGUUUCAUGCUCUGCCUAACACGGCCAACACCCUGAUUGGACGCGCCGCUCACAUCGCAGUCUUGGACUCUGAGCUUUUCCUGGAGAAGUUCUUCUUAGUGGCGGGGCUCAACUACUUUAAAUGAAGGUGCUAUGACUGCAGGGCUUAUGGACAGGACCUGUUAGUGGAGCUAGUUUGGAAGAACUUUGAACCGUAUCUCUAUUGUAUAUAAUCAUCCCUGGUAUCCAAGAGUGGAGCCCUGUAUAUCCAUCUGUUAGGGUCUGUUAGCAGCUGUUAUUUAAAGAUCAGUGUAUUGUGACUGUUUGCUAACUCAGAAAUCUGAGUUGGACGUGUAGCCAUGCAAAAUGAAACAUCCGACAUCUAUCACAGGAUUGAUUAGAUGUUUUUUUUUUUGUUGGCCUUAUGAACAACCUCUUAACCAGAACACCAACAGAUGCUAACUUUGGUCCAAAGCAUUUAACUUUUCUUCCCUUUAGAGCCUGAUGGAUUCUUCUUAGAGGUCCAAUGAUGGUCCUUCCAAGCAAGGCCAUAGAUGCUCAGCAUUUAUCCCCCUGACUGUACAUGAAGUCGUUUUGUUGUACAAAACAUAGAUGUUCCUUUAUACAGAAAUUAAUAUAUUGUUUGAAUGAUUUAUUUUCUAUCGGCUUAUGUCUCUACAGCGUAAAAAGCCCAUCUAAAUGUGAUCAUGUGCGUGUAGUUAUGAAGUCUAUCACAUGGAAAGCGAAGUGUUUAUAUACGACAGAGGCUGCAGUCGCCUAUGCAGCCUAUAACUCAGAAUAUUAAAGUUGCUGUUUUAUAUUUUUACUCAUCUUGAACUUAACAUGUGAGGAGUUUUAGCAGGUUAUGAAACAGACUGAAAUUAACACUGAUGACCAUCAGCGACAUGACUGGCUAUUUCUAUUUUGGUAUUAUUAAUAACUGAAUCUGCAGCCGUGGAGAAAGUGUCAGAUGAACUACACGUUGCUGAAAUUGCUUAUUUAAAAAAAAAAAAAAAUUGUCCACUGCAAAGUGUCUAGAUUUGUGUCACCUUUGACGCCGUAAAAACAUUUGUUCUGUUUGAAAAACACUAUUUACGGGGCCCCGUAUAGCUUAGCGGUUCAGUCCCCAUGUACAUGUACAGCCAUGGGUUUGAAUCCUACCUUGACCCUUUGCUGCAUGUCAUCCCCCACUCUCUCCUCCUAACAUUUCCUGUCUCUCUUCAGCUGUACUAUCUAAUAAAGGCAAAAGGCCAAAACAUGUAAAGAAAAAAAAAAACCUUUUUAGGACAAGAUCAGCAUAAAAGCUCAAAGUUAUUGUUCCGUCUACAGGUGUAACCAAAACUAAAACAAAGAGUAAGAUCCUCUUAGGAGCUUUAAAAUCAGUCCAAGCUAACUCACUGACUCUUAUAAGUAUAAUGCUUGAGCAUUAAGGGAGCAUUACAGUGUCUCAGAUUCCAAAUGGCUCUUCUUGUUGUUUUUGUUCCAUCUCAUUGUCAUUUGUAGUAUAAAUUAGUGAUUUUUGUAUUUUUCAGGUAAGACAUAGGCUACUUACCGCUGAAGAACUUUAUAUAUUCAAAUGAACCACGCCCCACUUUCCUUCUUUACUUUAUGUUUAUUAGCUGAAGUUGAUCACAGACAAAUUCCAGUUCCAAUUUCAUAUUAUACAGAUUAUUCCAAAAUAGAAAUUUAAAAAUCAAGAGUUAUUUAUUUUUUCCCCCAAUGGAUACAACAUUAGUGGAAAAAAAACAACAACUAGUGUUGCAUUUCAUCAGUUAUCACAACCCCUAAUAACCCUUCCCAUCACCAGUUCAGUCUCCAUGUUAUUGAUUAGUAAAGCACCACGGUUUCCCGACAAGCCUAGGUCUGUGCAUCCUUGUAGCCAUGGCAACAAUAUAUCUAUGAAUUGUCCGUUUUGCAGUCUUAGUUUACAUACAUAAAUUCCUUUAACUAAAAUGUCUCAUGGGUUUGGUGAUCUCUUUUAAACCAGUUCAAUGUUCUUGCUAUUUUGGCUGUUAUGAGAAUAUAAAAAAAAUAUUUCAGAUUUCUGCUGGUCAUUGCUUCUAUGGUGGCCCAGAUGAUGGCCAGUAAUGUAAAGAGCCCCCUGUGGUAGGUGAAAGACAAACCAAUAGUCAUGUAAGGAUUUUAACCAACCAAGGUUUAGAUCUCUUUCUGCUUACAAGCCAAAAACUUGACCAGCCAAAGGUGGUUUCCAUAUUGGAUGAUUCUUGAUGAAAAUCAAAGAAACAAAAAAACAUAAAGCAACCAGUAACUUUUCUUUAAAGCAUGAUCUAGAAACUGAUAAAAAAAAAAAACACCUCCCAUAUAGAAAAAUGAUGAGAAAGGGGGGGCUGAAAGUGAAAAUCAGUAAGGACGUCCGGGCAAAUAUUUCUGCAGAAAUUCAUAAAGUCAAAUGCAAAACCUGUGGAGAGAAUUCUAGUUUUUAAACCCAUCACAUCCUUCAUGAGCAGAUCCCAGUCAAACAAGUAUAUGUUGGAGGAAGUGUGGAGAAGAAUCUGUAAAUAAUCCUUGUGUAUUUUGGAAAUUGACCCUCGACCCACUGACAAACGACCUACAUUCAGAUUGAUCAAGAAAUGCAAUGACAUAAAGAAACAAUCAUCUGUGAUAACACAAUAUACUAACAUUGUCUACAUAAGGAUGGAUUUCACGAGGCACUUUACAUUCAUUGUUUAAUCAGGGUGUCAUUUCCUUUGUAUUCUAUAAAACUGCAUGAUGUCGCAUACACACUCACUGCCAAGAUUCUCCCUCACACCGUCAUUUUCAUUUCCAUUUUCUCUUAACCAAGUUCAACAUGAUGCAUGAUGAUAGCAGGGAAGUUCAACCGUAGCAGCCACUUUCUCUUGAACACAUACGACACUCUAUUUUGAUCAUCACAUCAAAUGUGUGAUUUUAUUUUAUUUUUUUUAAACAUUUUUUUUUCUUCCUCAACCUUUUAGUGGUAUACGUUAAAAGCUUGACACGAGAUGUCGUUUCCCCGGCGUGCUAUAGCGAGGACUGUUUCCUCAUCAGCGAGCUGUCCGUCAAAUGCUGUUUACAUUUUGACUUUAAAGAACUGUUAUCAGAGUGUUGCCAUAGACGUCUCAUAUCCGGCGGUGGAUGUGCAUCUUCUGCAUAUGUAGUUAUGUACAUAGAUAGAGCUAUAUUUAACCUUUGCACUGGUUUGAUGGCAAGUGCACUUUACUGACAACCUUGAAUCAACUUCCAUUAGCUUUAUAAAAUCCAAACAGCUUUUUUCCCCCUCCUCGUCUUUAUCUAUUACUCCUAUUGUUUCUUUGCUUUUAUACGCCCUCUAUGUUUCUGUAGAUGUGAAGGUCGCAUCCUCUACUUGUUGUAAAAAGUGUGUUUGGCUGUCCAUCUCUACCGUUCAAGCAUUGUUUUGUCUUCAAAGAGUACAAAAGAGGACAUCGCAAAGCGCCCCCCCUUUUUGUUGUUGUUGUUGUUGUGAAUCUGUUGCUUUGGCGCUGCCCUGUAAGCAGGCUGUCACCAU